AUGGUGGAGCAAUCCAGGUUCCGCAGAGCGUCUGGAUCACGUGUUGAUGUGAGCGAGACACUUUCGAGGCAUGACAGGUGGUUGAGAAACUCCAGUCGGGGCGGGAACACAAACCCGGAAAUGUGCAGGUGGUGCAAGUUGGCCAAUUUGAGUAAAGAGGUCUCGUCCGGAGUCCAGACCACGCUCACGAGACGGUGGUCGUCGUCUUCCACAGACUCGAUGGUGAGGUUCUCAAGCGAGCUGGACUCCAUGGCUGCUAGUAGCCGGUUCAUGCUGAUCUGGCCGUUCUCGAACAGCUUGAGACUCACAGAGGUGAGUUUUGGAGAGCAUGCUGCCAAAGGAUAA